AAAGCAUCCAUUUAGUCACAGUCACAGCUACAACAGAAUGCAGUUUACUAAUUGGACAUUUGUAGGACUCUGCUGCCUGGUGGCAGGCACCACCUACGCCGUACAACUGGCACCCAUUCGAGCUGCUGCUGCUGCUGCGCCUAGGCCUGUGGCACCGCCCAACACUUUGGCACUCGAGCUAAGGAGCAUCUUCAGGCAGAUACCCAGGAAGCAGAUCGAGAGGCUCGUGCAGGCGUAUCUGCUCAACGAUGAGGAGUUCCAGGGUGUCAUCAGGGACAUCAAUUCCCUGCAGGCCUAUCGCCUGAGCAGACAGUUGCUGGUGCAGCCCGAGGUGCGGCAACUGCUGCAGUGGCUCUCCCAGCAGCUGAUACUGUCGGGCAGUUCCCUGAAGAUCUUCGAUGACCUCGAACUGGAGAUCAAGGUGAUCAAUAAGUAUCCACAGGCCGCGCAAUCGGUGAACGGAAUCCGCGGCUUUGAGCUGGAAUUCUAUCAGAUUUAUCCGCUGGAGCUCAUCCGUUCGCUGCUCGAGCCGAGUGCCACGCAGUCGAGUGCCGCUCUGACGGAGCUCUGGCGGCGUCUGGUGGCCGUGCUGCCUGCCUACGAACGUGUGAUUGGCUCUCCACAGGCCAAGCUAUUUAUCCAGAAGCUACAGACACGCGGCGUGGCGGUGCAGGAUGUGGAUGCCCUUGUGCGCUAUCAGUUUGGCUGGAGCAAUGUCACCUUGGGUGGAGGAGCCUAUCCCAGCUACGAUUAUAAGCGAUUACUUGGCGCCAGCUUCGUACUACUAAGCAAAAAUCCUGCCUGCGCUCCAGCCACCCAAGACCACCAUUGUUCUGGCCUUAAAGUCUGUGUAUUAUAUAUUCCUGCAGUCCUGUAUUAUAUUAUUUUAUUCCCAACUAUGUAUUGGAUCCAAAGCUCUAUCGAAUUAAAUAUCGAAUCUUUAGCCGCAUAUCAUAUCAAACCUUCCAGGCAAUACAAUUCCACAUUUACUUUGAUGUAUGUGAACUGGAGAAAUACCAGCGCAAAUUCAAGUGCCACGCAGCACAGCCAGCCAGUCGCCUUUUGCGAGCCAUCUGUGCCAUCGAAUGGCAAUAAAUAUCAGUGCCUGCUCAAAGGUCGCGGACAGGGAGCGCGCACCCUCGCUGCCCUGCCAAAGGUAUCCAUGGCAAUGCCAUGA